UGCAAAGGAGCAGAAGCCGCGCGGUGCGCGGAGACAGAGAGGGCAACAAACGGAGGAGCCCAGCCGAGCAUCCGCUGUCACCACGAGCGACCAGGGCUUCAGUUUUUACAAAGUUUCCCGGAGACACAGGGCAGGUGGGAAGCCUGGGGGCUCGGGUACAGAAUUAUGAGAGAGCCCUCUAACCGGAGGGGGCGAAAACAUGAACGGGGCCGUGUACAUUUCGUUUUUCCAGGGCCAGCUGGAGUCCGUGCUGGAGCAGGUCGUUCAGCUAGCCGUCCAGGAAAUAAGCAAGACGGUGGGCUCGAGCCUCAAUACGCUGCUGCUGGAAACCGCCGUGAAGGAGCAGGAAAACCGCAGGCUCCGGCUCCAGGUACAGACGUGGGAGUCGAACCAGCGCAACAGCAGCAAAAACAACGGAGGGUCCCCGGUGGCGGGUAGGAACAAGACUGGCAGGGCGGCGGGCGACGAGAGGGCGGACAGCGGCAGGACAAAGCCCGAGCAACCGCAGCUAUACUCCCCCGCCGGGCACGGCACCGAGACCUACCUCCACACCGACACACGCCGCCUGGAGCAGCGGGGACGAGUCGUUGAUCAGCUGAAGUCUGUGAUGGAACAGGUGUUGGACUUCGCGCUGCACGAGCUGACGAAGAUCGUGGAGGCUUCGUUUGACGACCUGCUGCUGGAGAUCACCAAGAUGGAGAGCGAGCAGCAGCUGCUGGAGGAGAGGAUGGACAAGGGGAGAGGAGGAGCUGGGGGUCGGAGGAGGGGAUCUGAGAACGACUCGGUGUCCCCCAGUGGGUCUGAUGACACCCAGGAGGAGCUGGCCGAGGCCCCCGUGUCCAAGGAGACGCCACAGGCAGAUGACUUGGGGCGCCCCCCUGUCCUCUCCGUCGCUCAGGACUGGGUUCCCAUCCUGGACAAGGUCUUUGGUCAGAAGUGGUGCAGCGACGUGUGGCAGAUAAAGGAGAUGGAUGGAGAGGCGGGGGCCGGUACAGGACGGGGUCUGGGUGAGGGCCGGGUUGAGCACGCGGCCCCCCUCUCCAACCGCUCUGUGACCCUGGAGCCCUCCCCCUCCUCCCCCCAGCAGGACCCCCGUUGGACCCCUCUGGAGGACAUGGAGGUGUUUUCUCCAGAUGAGGAGGCUGCAGGCAGUCAGAGGGACACCUCGGGCCCCCGACAUGGACACCCCCACAGCCCCACAGGCUCUUCCGGCCGGCGCUCCUCAGCCUCGAUGCUUCAUCGCCUCCUCACGCUGCCGUCUCAGCUGCUGGACGAGGAGGAGGACGCCGCCAACGACACGCUGGUCGCUCUCACCAUCGAGGGAGUCCACGACCUCCGAGAAGCCAUCGAACAGCACCGCCUGUUGCCCCCACCCAACAGAGAGGAGGACGAAGAGGAGGAGGAGGAGGAAGAAGAGGAGGAGGAGGAGGAGGAGGACAAAGGGAGGAAGAAGAAGCGGCGGCGGGUUUGGUCGGAGUGUGAGGAGUGCGGCCGGAGGUUCAGCCGGAUGUCUCUCCUCAAGGCUCACCGGCAGACGCACGCAGCGGAAAACACGGCCGCUGUCGACACGGUGUCCCCCGUGCCCACAAGCAACGCAUCAGCGCUCCACUGCUCCACCUGCGGUAAGAGGUUUUCCUCCGCCACCCGCCUCCACAGCCACAUCCGGGCCCAGCACCCCGGGACCCGGACCUGACCUCCAACAGAGUCCAACAAGAAGCUAAACAAACACCACAGCAGUAUCCACAGAGCAGAACCAGAACCAUGAAGGGAAACUCAUCAGGAUCCCACUCCAGAACGCUUUGAAUAAAACAAACAUGACCAAAGGGAUAGACCGGUUUUACACUCUAAAGUACUUCUAUUCUGAAAUAUGGAAGCCAACUCCAGGCCUUCUGUAGAGCACUUUAUUAUUAGAGCUGCAACUAAAUUAUUUAUUCCACUAUUUAUUUAUAUUUCCUGUAUAGUUAUAGUUACUGUAUGAAAUUACAAAAAGCUAAAGUGAAGAUGCUAUCAACUGAAACAAAAGUUAUUUUUGUAUUACUAUUUUACAAAUUGUUCAAGUAGCAGUACUAACAUAAUGAGAAAACAUAAACUUUCUUUUGAUUUUUUUCCUAAAAGAGGGUUUAAAACAAAGUUGCGCAAUAAUAUUUAAUAUUAAGACCCUCAAAACGUAAAUGAUUCUUUUAAAAAGAUUAAAAAUCACCACAGAUAAAGAUUGAAAAGAACUCUAGUCUAAAAUCUGUCUAUCCCUUGUCCUUGGUACCCGACAACCAUUUUAGAGCGUAUGGAAGAAAGUCACAUGAUCGAUGAUCACCCAGGACCAGAAGGAAUCCAGGUCCAAUCUCGGUUCUGCCUUGGAUCCGGCUCCAGGUAGACAUUACAAACACAGAUUUAUCAAGUUCAGGUGCUGACAAAUCGCUUACUCAAGCUCCAUUUCUUUUUUUGAGUAUCAAAAUAUUCAGCUUCUUUCCACGUUGAUCAUUUUGAAUGUACAUUUUCAAGCCGACAAAACACUAAAAAAGCCCAUAGACUCGACUCCCCCAUCGGAUUCAGUUUUUUAGCGAUGGGGUCCGACAAGUAAACAAACAACUCUGCCAAAGAGGGAAAAUAUUUAUUUUAUUUCACCAUUGAAAUGCAUUGCUAUAAAAGAUAAAAACUGUACUACUAUCAAAAAAGGGGAAGUUAAAAUUGAAGUGAAUAGGUUUAAAGAAAACAUGCUUUCUUAUUUUAAAAAGAUAGAACAUGUAGAGAUUGUUCCCAUUCUCUGCAACUACAGGGAAAUGUUCCUAUUUCUAAUUCCCCCGUUGAACUAAUGUUAUACGGGGGCUUUUAUUUGGAAAAUAGUUUGCUUAUUUCCUCCAGGCUGCAAUUAAAGAGUGUUUUAGAUUAAACUAUUUGAAAAUAAUAGUUUUAAAAAGGUUUUUCCCCUCAUUUAACUUUCAUUUAAUCAUUUGAAAAGUAUGUUAGGUAGAAAACAAAUGUAAGUGGCUUUUUAAAAAUUAUUUUAACUCUUAACAAAUGUUGAAAGCUGAAUAGAUUUGAUAAAAAAAGAUUUGUAGACAUCUGAACUCCACAAAACACUUAUUAAUCCCAACUCUGGAUUUCAAACGGGAAAUAAAGAACCUGAACGGGGAAUAAUUGCUGAGUAAGCGGAGAUGAAAAACGUAAUGUUUCAAACUCCUCUUCUUUUUAAAUCCUGUAAAAUACCCUCUUGGACACGAUACGGGGCCCCACCUCAUGAGGUGAGUUUGAGUCCCAGCAGGACUUUUUAUUUUUUAUUUUUGUUGUUGCAAUAAACUCGUGGCCUCAGCAGUCGGACGGUCGGAGCUUCCUGUUGAUGAUCGUUGUUUUUCUCCUUCUCGUGUUGGAUCUGUAAAACGUGAAUUUGCAGGAAGAUUGAUUUUUCUAUCCGUUUUUGUUUCAAAGUGCCCUUUUAUUGUUUCUCUUAACAGACUUAUUUUUGGUUAUCGUCAGGUGCAUUUUUGUCAAGUUUUUGCGAGCAAAAGGAAGAGAAACUUUGUCAGUGGCAUCGAUUGUUUUGGACUCAAUGAAUGUGAAUCUUUUGUUGCACAGUUUUUACUUUACAUACAGGUCAAACAAGAGAAUAGAGGAAGGUUUUUAAAAUCUGCAACGGUUUCCUCCUCUGCAUCUUUCUCUCCUUGCUUACAUCCUUCCUUCCUUCAUCCCUCAUUCUUCAGUUAAGCGACCUCAUGUUAACACACGGAUACCUCCUGAAAAAAACACAACCAUCUUUUUUAUAUACGAUUUCUGAUCGUUUACCUUUGUUGUUAUUUGUUUUUUUUCUGGCUUCAACUAAUUAAUCAUGUGCUUUAAUGGAUCUGAUCUGCAUUGAUUCCCAUUUGUGCCAGGCAAAUAAUUUACAUUUUAAUUAACAGUAUGUUUUUUUUCUAACCCAUUGAAUUUUUUUCCUGGCAAAACAAGUAAGAAACUUCCAAUAUAAAUGACAAACAAAAUCAACUUGGCCACACAUAGUUUAUUACAGAACAUGUUUUUUGCUUCUACAAAUAUUGUCAUCUGAUUAUUAUUACAUUUUCUUUACUUAUAUUAAUCAAAUCUGUAUGGAAGCCCUUAACUGCCAGGAAAUUGACAAAAUAAAUGAUAGAAAAAAAAAAUAGGAGUCGAUAACUUAAGAUGCCUCAAAAUGUUGAGUUGUAUUAAAACAAUACUAUACAAACCUAUAAAGAUUGAGACAUUUCAGAUCAAUUUUAAAAAAAAAAGUAAAUUCAAAAACGCUUAUGAAACGCCAAUUCCACAAUUUACUUUAUUAAGCUUUUUAUCAGUUUUUGCGUUUUCUAGGGAUUUGAAAAAAAUGUACUAUGAGUCAGAAAUGUAAAUCUAUAUUUAGUAUAGUAAUGCUGUCCAAGAAAACUAAAAUGAAUUGAAUUUAUAAAAUAUAAAUCUCAGAAAAACAAAAUAAAGAAAUGUUUUCUGCCAGAAAUGUUUUCUUUGAUGGCUGUUUUCUACAAACUGGCUUCAAAUAUGUAUUAUUUCCUUCACUUAAUGGGCAUUUAAAAUGUGGUAGCCCAUUGGUGCCAGGGGAAGAAAAACAUAUACAGAAAUAAUACGUUUUCAACUAUGUGAAAUCUAUCAAAAAUAAAUAAACAGAUUAAGUGGAUAAAAUCAUUUGUUCCUUUAAUUUCACUAAAAGAUCUCAAUUAAACUGAACAACUAAUCUAAAAUGCCACAACUUGUGUUGUUUUUUUAAUCAUUCCUACCUUUCCAUCUGUUUGUGACGUUAUCUCUUGUAGCAUGCAUACGUCAGGAAGAGAUGGAGGGAUGUUGGUGACUAGAAGGAUUAGAUGACGGAUAUAAAAACAAAUAUCAGUGAUAAAUCUCAUGAUUUUCAUGUUUCUGCUCCGCGAUGCUUCAGCACGAACAAUCGAGACGUAUCCAUCAUCUUUAAGCUUUGUAAAUGUGCAAACUGAACGUUUUUCUAGCCUCAAGGUGAUUCUGUUUUUACUUGUCUUGAAAAUAAAAACAUGUAAGCAAUAUGAAGCCAAAACUCUGCCGAGCGGCUGGAGUUUGAUUUACUGUCGGAGAGAGCUGAAAGUGGUCAUGAUGCGCAAAAAUAUAUCACUGUUUUCGAAAAACAUGUGAUUUGAUUUUGCUGCAACAUGACCACGGGUGCUCUCCGAUAUAAUAAUUGUAAUUUGAUAUAUGCUAAUGAUGCCUAAUAAUAACUGAUUAAUUGAACUGCCUCUACUUUAAUAACAAAAGCUAAUUAUCUGCUCUGCUAACAUCUGAAUGACCGCACCGCAUUUCUCCAAACGCCAAGCGUCUAUCUUUUUUAAUUUGUUGUACUUUCAGCCUCCACAUGUUCACACAUAUUCAUAGCCGAGGGAAGUAGGGGUGCUGGAGGUGCUGCAGCACCCCCUGUUGGCCAAUGGUGUACAUUUGAAAAGCUGAGCGACCACCUAAAUAAAAACGAUUAAACUACAUAAAAUAGUACUAAAAUUUGCCGUACUGUAUACAGUAGAAUAUAAUAGUCAUUGUAUAUAUUGUAGGGCUUUUUUGCCGGUUACUAUUAUGUUCAUGUUACUGUUGAAAUCUCUCCCCACUUUUGGCCGCACCCCCUAAGUAAAAUGACUUCCCGUGGCUAUGCACAUACCUCAUUUUAUUUUGUAAAACAUCUGAAGUGUUUUAAAUGUUCCUCACCACACAGACCUCAUUACCUCAUUUGACUACGAUUAUGUGUAUUAUAUGUAUUUUUUUUUUCUGUUUAUUAUUUCUUUUAUUUGUCUCAAAAACGAAUCGGGUGAAAAACACAAAACUGCAAAGAGAUAGUCUUCAAGGAUUGUUUUUUAUCAUUAAAAAAAACGUAUUUAAAGGCCUUAAAUAACAAACUAUGACAUGUUUAUAAGAGUUUGCCCCAAAAUAUGGAAGCCCAUUUAUUAUAAUAAAUGGUUAAAGAGCCUUUUUCAAAAAUACUAAUGUUGGAUAAGAAUGCAGGGACAAUUUGACAAUGGUUAGAAAUAUAAAAAUGUUUACUUACUGUGCUAUCAUUUUAACGAUCAGGUGUAUUUCAUAAUAGCUUAUAGUUUUUUACUUGGAGUCUGACUUUAGUUUUAUUUUUAUGUUUUGAAUCUUUCCAUUUGUUACACUUAAAGUUUGAGCGCUUUAGAAGCACUUAAAAUGGAAAGGAAAAACAACAAAUGAUUUACUUUCGGAUAACAUUCAAUUAAUAACAACGGUAGGAUACAAUGAGAUGAGAACAUCAAAUUGUAAUGGUAUAAAGUUAAGUAACCAAAUGACAAAUAUGAAAUGUGCGAAAAAGCACCAAACUAAAUAUUGUAAAAAAGACUAUUAUUUGAGAUGUUCUUUUUUAAAUCAAAAACUUCCGAAGAAAACCCACAGUUUAAAGGGAACAUGGGAGAAACCUCAGGGAGAGCAACAGAGGAGGGAUCCCUCUCCCAGGACGGACAGACGUGCAAUAGAUGCCGUGUGUACAUUGAAAAGAUAAUACAUAAAUUGGACACAUGGAAAAUGGCAGAGAGGAUAUGAGGUUUUUCUCCGACACAAUGGGACCUUUUAAUCAAUCAAUGCUUCACCUGUUGUUGUUUACAGAACACCAUAGAAAAAGAGAGAAAUGCUUGUGGUUGAAAAUACGUAAAAGGGAAAAUUGUGAACAAACUGAAAGGAACCUCAAAGAGUGCAGACCUGCGCAAAAUUAAAUCAUCUAACCCGUUUCAUAAAACAUCAUGCUAUUAAUGUUUCUGUUGUUCCUGCUUACAAACAAAUGCAAAGGAAAUGAUAUAGUAUUUCAAACUGACAUUCACAAAUUGUAAAAGUGAGUAUGUUGGAUUUUAUUUAAAAAUGGAUCUUAUACUAAUAUGAGUAAUACUAAGCCAGAAUUAUACAGCAUACAGUGUCACAGCAAAGACCUUUAGUAAAUUACUGAAUCAACAUUGACAAGGGAAUACUAUUAAAUGUUAAUGUUGUAUACUCAAGACUUUUAUAAAAACUCUUCAGGGUGUCGUUGCGAUUAUAAUAAAUUCCACCAGAUGGAUUUCAUGUGUUCAUAUCACAGAGCAGAUCCCGGCUCCUUUGAUUUUCAUUUUAUAUGGCAGUUUUCUGAAAAGUGGUUAUGUGGUUUCCAUUUGGAGCGAUUAUGAUGUUUCAGCCUCUCCGUUAAAACUAUGGGCUAAGGGAAUAAAAACGUUACGUUUCAGCAGAGGGGCACCUCUCUCUUUAAAAAAAAGUAAAUAAAAAGGGUUCCUUAAUAUCCUUCAUGGUUAGUUUGUAGAAGUAAAGCUGGAGUUAAUGGAACUUCAUGCCGGGGUUCCUCAGGGAACGAUUCAAGGUCCUGUUUUUAUUUGAUGCAACGCGGGAAUGAGGGGUUGAAAGGGAUUGUUUUAUUAAUUUCAAAUGUUUGACUUUAAGCAGACUGUGUGUUUGUAUUGGCACAGGCAAAUGUGACUAAUGUUUAAGUUUUAUUUUUAAAUAUCUAUUUCUACUCCCUGUAUAAUCUCAAUGAACUGACUUGCUCUUGUCUGUCGAAGAAAGUUCAUAUUGUUCUUGGAUUUGAUGCAAUACUUUUGAUAAAAAAAUGUGCCCUUUUUUUGUAAUUUACCAGUCUAAUAAAACCAAAUCUUCAAUAGUUUCCUAUUUUAAAAAUGACAUUUAAAAAGUGCUGAAGUUGAGUGGCAGGCAGUUGAAGCUUCGGUCAGAAAAAGAAAACUUAAUGUUAAAAUCAACUCAGAAUUGAUAUGACCUUUGACUUUUUUGUGACCUAUGUCAGUUUUGAGUUAAUUAUUGCCAACUUUCUCCAUCAUUAACCAGUGGACUAUAGUACAUUCUCUGUAUGUUUGGCUGUUUUUGUGCCCGUGUUGAUCACAGCAGCACCGUCUGAAUGUCAAAUACGCCACAUUACAAACUGUCUGCCAUGAUAAUGUUAUGAUGAAGGCUAUGGUGAUGGUGCGUUUUUUAAUUUCUAUUACCUGUUUUAGUCGAUGAGACCGGGUACUUUUUAGUGUUACAAUUCAAGGAAAACCAAUAAAUGUUCACAACGACCA